AUGGGCCUGUCUAACUCAUCAAAUGAAUUAUUUCCUAAUAAAAGUAAUUUUUCAUAUCAUGAUAUCCAAAUUCACUGGGGAUCUUCCGAAGACAACAACCAUAAUAACACAAAUGAAAAUAAUAACAAUAUAAAGAACUCUAAAUGUAACAAUAUCAGAACUUCAAUACCAGAUGAUGCAAGUGAUAAUAUUACAAGUAAUAGUAUAGAAUCAUCAGUUAUCAAUGCUAUUAUACAACAAGAAGGAUGGCAUGAUGUUGAGUCGUUUUAUGACGAUAUCCGAAAUGACAGGUUUUACUUAUUUGAACACUAUUUAAGACAUAAUAGCGAAUUUGCAACAGAAACAGCUUUUGAUCCCAGUAGCCUUGAUGAUGACUUUACUUUUUAUGAUAAAAAGGUGCAACAAGAGUAUGUAUUAAGAGAAAAGAUUGGGAAAAUUUUACGUCCAAAAGAUCUCAGUGGUAUUCAAAUCUAUAGUGAAGAUAUGCUUGAAAACACAUAUUUGGCUACUAAUAAUACAUAUCAGAAAAAAUCAAAAUCACUAACUCAUUAUCUCUAUAGUGUCCUACCUAAACCAACUUUGUCUAAAUCUAUAAAAAAUGAUGUUUCAUUGCAUAGCAUCAAGGAUAGCAUUUCUUCACUACCCACUACUCAUAAUAUUGAUGAAACUAGUUACAGAAAUUUAGUAAUUGAUGAAAAUAAUCUUAUUGUAACAAGACACAAGACUAGGGAGACGCUUCUAUUAGAGUCCUCUAUUGAUGUGACUUCAAAUCAUACCUGUAACACUUGGAAACAAUUUAUAAGGGAUUUUCUCUCAAAGGACAAUCAUUAUCACAUCCAAAGAAGAAUGACAGUUAGACAUAUUCAAAUGCUUUCGGUUGGACCAUGUUUAAGUGUAGGAUUUUUUUUAACAUCAGGAGAAGCCUUUAGCAUUGCAGGCCCGUUUGGUACAUUACUAGGGUUCAUAUUAACUGGGAGUGUCAUAUUAGCUACAUUAUUAUCCUUUACAGAAUUAUCAGCUUUAAUUCCUGUUUCUUCUGGAUUCUCUGGGUUAGCAUCAAGAUUUGUAGAAGACGCCUUUGGCUUUGCAAUUGGUUGGACUUAUGUGUUUUCAUGUAUAAUAUCGUUUCCUGCAGAAGCUGCAUCAAGCACGUUUUAUUUGACCUCCUUUUCUAACGUUAAUUUAACGAGGGGGACGAUUGCUGGCUUUGUUACACUAUUUAUAAUAUACCCGAUAUUAUGUAAUCUCUUGCGUGUUAAUCUUAUGGGCGAAGUUAUUUUCUUUUUUGGUAGUAUUAAGAUUUUAAUAUCGGUGAUUAUGAUGUUUGUUAUGAUAAUACUGAAUUCUGGGUAUGGAGGUGCUAGUCAUAGUCGAGUAGGUUUUAGAUUUUGGGAUUCUUCAAAGUCAGUUGGCGGUAUGACAUAUGGAUUAUUUAGACCCACUUUUGAUUUAAUGGAUGCAGGUACUGGGUCUACGAAUGGUAUUGGGGUAUCUACAGGUAGGUUUUUGGCUUUAUUAUCAGUAGUUUUAACCUCUACAUUUGCAUACAGUGGUGUGGAAAUGACUUUUCUGGCCAGUGGAGAAGUUAAAAAUCCAAGAAAGACAAUUCCAUCAUCGAUUAAGAGAACAUUUUCCAUAAUUUUGACUAUUUUUAUUCUUUCUAUUUUAACAGUUGGGAUCAAUAUCUACAGUGGCGACCCACGACUAUUAUCUUAUGAUACCUCUAGUAGAGGUAAGAGAUCUAAGGCAGCAGACCUUGGAAUUGGGACACAAUGGCAAAUAGAUGAUAGAUGUAAAGUCAGAACGAAGAUUCCAGGUUCUUCUGUAGAGUAUUCUUCUCCUUGGGUACUUGCACUUCAAAGUUAUGGCCUCUGUACAUUUUCAGCUGCUUUUAAUGCUAUUUUAAUAGUUUUUACAUCAAGUGCUUCUAUCGCAUCAUUGUACAAUUCAUCAAGAGCAUUAUAUUCAAUGUCAAUACAAAGGAAGGCCCCGUACAUUUUUCAAAUAUGCAGUAAAAAUGGAGUACCUUAUGUGUCAGUAAUAGCAGCUGGGUUAUUUAGUUUGAUUGCAUAUUUAGCGGUGAACGAAAGUUCACAAAACAAUUUUGAUAUUUUAGUUAACAUGUCAAGUGCAAGCACGUCGAUUAUAUGGUUUGGUUUGAAUGCAUCAUUUUUGAGAUUUUAUUACGCUUUAAGACGAAGGUGUGAUUUUUUAUCGAGAGAUGACAGGAGUUAUCCAUUUAAAUCUCCAUUUCAACCCUUUUUGGCAAUAUAUGGGUUAAUUGGUUGUUCAUUAUUCGUUAUUUUCAUGGGAUUUAGCAAUUUCAUUACAGGGUUUUGGAAUGUUAGAUCAUUCUUCUCUGCUUACGGGGGGCUAAUGAUAUUUACUUGCUGUUACAUUGGAUAUAAGAUUGUCGGCACUUCAAAAAUACAAAGAUUGGAUAGACUAGAUAUGGAUACCGGACGUCGCGAAAUGGAUAGAAUGAUUUGGUCAGAACAUAGACAGUAUAAUAUACCCCUUUGGAAAAGAGUAUUGGAAUUCUGGUCAUGA